UCCCCAUAGUGAUUCGGCUUUGUGCACCAAAUGUCAACCUAAAAAUCGUGCAAAAAUUGUUAAAAAAUCAUUUUAAAAUGGAAUUUAACGUUUAUAACAAGUGUCGUGUGUGUUUAAGUGCCGACGAACAAAUGCACAACUUAUUCGACGCCUUUGACCAAGGCAUAACCUUACGUGAUAUUUUAACAAAUACGACAAAAUUCGAGGUUGACAAAGACGACGGUUUAUCGCCGUACAUUUGCCAGAACUGCUCCACAAUCAUCGUCGAUUUUUAUAACCUCAAAACCAUCUACGAGGAGAACGAGAGCCAAAUCCGGGCCCUCCUCUCCAGCUGUGAGUCGCAAUUGAGCGAAAGUGAGCCCCCGGACGACUUCAUCACAAUCAAAGUGGAAGAGGCAAAGCCCGAGUUCGAGGAAGUGGCCACGUUCACGUGCCCCGAAUGCGGGGAGAUUUUCCUGGACAAGGGGGCCAUUCAGUCGCACUUGGUGCUCACCCACAACAUCACCGUGAUCGACUUCGACGAGAUCGCGCCCCCCGCCGAGUGCAAGUGCAAGAUCUGCGGCGAAGUCGUCGACUCGGGGGAGGCCUACGCGGCGCAUCUGGAGACCCACAAGAAGAACGUCUGCGACGUCUGCGGGGUGGGCUUCACGAAGAAGUCCUACCUGAAGGACCACCUGGAGGUGCACAGCCCCGAGAAGCGCCACGUGUGCAACUACUGCAACAAGGCGUUCAAGAGGAGGACGGUGCUGGUGAAGCACCGGCGCAUCCACACGCACCCCCGGGCCCACAUCUGCGAGAAGUGCGGGAAGGCGUUCACGGAUCGGGGGACUCUGAAGACACACGACAUGUUGGUGCAUGUCCGCGAGAGGAAUUACGUGUGUCUCAUUUGUGGGGUGAAGUUCCCGUUGAAGGCCACGCUUGAGAAGCAUAUCAGGAGGCACCAGAAUAAGGAGCGCGAGUUUUUCUGCACGCAGUGCCCCCUGGGGUACAGGGACAAGUCGAGUCUCGAUAGACAUGUCUUUGUUAAACACAGUGGAAGGAAUGUUAAGUUGACGUGCGAUGAGUGCGGGAAGCAGUACACGACGAUGGGGAAUUUGGCCAAACAUCAAAGGGUGUGUCACAGGGGGGAGGAGAAAAUCGAGUGAAUUGAUAAAAAAUUUGUAAAUAAAAAAAAUUAUUCGAAAAACUUUAUUUACAAUUUUUUUCCCUCUGAACAUUGAAAAAAGAAGAAGCUUUAGUAUUCUAAAAAGUCAUUACGAAAACUACUCGUCGUAGAGCAUUUUAACCGGUUAAAAAACAUUUUCUAUGUAUUUACAACGAAAUUUUCUUUACAAAAAUUACUCAAUUUGCUCAUUCCCCCUGUGACAC